AUGGCGGAUCCCGGGCGGCUGGAGCGGCUGGAGCGGCGCGUGCGGGAGCUGGAGGAAGAGCUGGCCCGGGAGAAGCGCGGGCGGGCAGCGGCGCGGGCCCGCAUCGACACCAUGAGCGCCGAGGUGACCGACUCCAACCCCUACAGUCGCUUGAUGGCGUUAAAAAGAAUGGGAAUUGUCAAAGACUAUGAGAAAAUCCGUACCUUCACAGUUGCAGUAGUAGGUGUAGGGGGCGUUGGCAGUGUGACUGCUGAAAUGCUGACAAGAUGUGGCAUUGGUAAGCUGCUUCUGUUUGAUUAUGACAAAGUGGAACUGGCAAACAUGAACAGACUCUUCUUCCAACCUCAUCAAGCUGGAUUAAGUAAAGUGCAAGCAGCAGAACAUACUUUGAGGGACAUUAAUCCUGACGUUCAGUUUGAAGUACAUAACUACAACAUCACAACACUGGACAACUUUGAGCACUUCAUGGAUAGAAUAAGUAACGGUGCAUUGGAGGAAGGGAAGCCUGUGGAUCUGGUUCUAAGCUGCGUGGACAACUUUGAAGCUCGCAUGGCCAUUAACACGGCCUGCAAUGAACUUGGACAAAUCUGGAUGGAGUCUGGAGUGAGUGAAAAUGCAGUGUCAGGACACAUCCAGCUGAUCAUCCCUGGUGAAUCUGCUUGUUUUGCGUGUGCUCCUCCACUGGUAGUAGCUGCAAAUAUUGAUGAGAAGACAUUGAAAAGAGAAGGAGUUUGUGCAGCUAGUCUUCCUACAACCAUGGGUGUUGUGGCAGGAAUGCUUGUACAAAAUGUUCUCAAAUACCUGUUAAAUUUUGGUACUGUGAGUUAUUAUCUUGGUUACAAUGCGAUGCAGGAUUUCUUCCCAACUAUGUCUAUGAAGCCAAACCCCCAAUGUAGUGACCACAAUUGCAGAAAACAGCAAGAAAAUUAUAAGAAAAAAGAAGCUGCAAGACCAAAAGAAGAAGUAAUUGAAAAGGAAGAAGAAAUAGUACAUGAAGACAAUGACUGGGGCAUUGAAUUAGUAUCAGAAAUUUCAGAAGACGAGCUGAAGGCUGCAUCUGGCCCAGUACCUGAGCUUCCUGAGGGAAUUAAUGUAGCAUAUACUAUCCCAGACAAGGAAGAGAAUUUAAUAACUGGGGACACAGUAGCAGAGUCUGAAGAAAGCCUAGAAGAACUCAUGGCCAAAAUGAGAAACAUGUAGGAAAACAAAUAUUAAGUGCAACUUUCAUGAGUUUGGAUGGACCUUGGAUUUUGAGAAGACCAGACUUCUUACUUUUUUUCCUUUUUUUUUUUUUCUCAAUUGAAGCUUACCUUUUCUGAUGAAACAGAACUGUUACAGGGACAGGAAGGACACAGACUUACAUGUUCAUAUUCUGUUUUCUCAUCAUGUGUUUAUUAACAGAUAGAGCUGUCCUACUGUAAAUUUUAGUUUCUCAGCACUGCUAGUGUCCAGAUAUUCAGUGGCAAAUAAAGGGACCUAGAUAAACUAAAAAAGCAGGCACAGCACAUUAUAUACCCUAUCAUGUAAUGAGAAUAGCACAUAGAACAGGCCAAGGGAAAGAUGAAAUCUGCUGGAGUGGACUGAGUGGGUGAAGGGUAGAUGAUAAUGCCUCUCUCAUGUUGCUGCUCCUGAGUUUCCAGGCACUUUUACUUGGUUGUCAUUCACUGGUCUAAAGUCUUGGCAUGGAUCAUGCUGUGGCUACUUUUUCUGAGUAAUGAGAACAUAUAAGCCUUUUCAUCUGCCUUAAAUAUCCCUGGGAUGGAAUUUUCUUUAUCAAUGCAGCUUUGCUGCUGCUUGUCCUUAAACAGCUGCCUAUGUUUUGUAUGUGAUGUUUUGAGUAUACUGUAAGAAGGUGAAGUCUUUUGUUAUUAUUACAUUAGCAGCAUGCCACUAUUUUGUCUGGCAGAUGCUUUUCAUGACAAAAUUAUGAGCAACAUUGGAAAGAACUGGAGAUUUUGUCUCUCUUUUCAGAAGUCUAAAUAUUAUAUUUUUGUUGGUUGCUGGAAGUUUAUAAUUCUGAUCACUCCCCUUCACAUGGGCUAUAUUAAGUCUGAGUUUGCUGAGAAAGUCUUCUAAAAUUAGAUGCUAUAAAUUGUUAGUUUUGCAAAUAUUUUCAUUGGAGUAGCUCACUUGUUGUAUUUGUCUUGUAAAUGACAUAAGUACAGUCAUAUAACCUUUUAAAUGGCCACGUGUUAAACUGACCUGUAAAUAUUUGCAUCCUAGAGCACCAAUACCCUGCAGAACUGGAAGGAUCAGUUUCAAAUAUUUUAACUACUGUGGGCAUCUGAUCCAGAACUUGGUAAUCAUUUCAGCCUUGGAAGUGUAAUACAAAUAUUUCCAAAUAGGGCUCUUCAAAAAACUUUUCCACAAUGUGAUGCAGCCAACACAGAGCGAGCUAGUAAUGGCAGUAGUAGUAGAAUCCCACUAAAAUGAAAAGAGACAGCAAUACCAUGGUGGUGCUUCUGUUUCUUAGGGUAGCUGAAUGAAUACCUGUUAGUUAUACUAAUAAUUAGUUUUAAAAAUGUUUCAUUUCUAAGUAAUGGUUACAAAAUUCAAAAUCAGUUUCCUCCUCAGCUGACAUCAAAUUACAUUAUACACAGAAAAAUAAUUUCUAAAACCAGUGAGGGAGAUUUUGGGUGGUUUUGAGUGUGAGGCAUUAUACUGUAAAAUUGAAGUGGCUUUUUUGGAUUGAGUUCUAUUUUGGAGAAACCAGGUUUUAGAAAUGAACUGCAAAGAAAGAUAGGAAAUAGAAUAAUGAGACCAUUAAAAUGUAGAUACUUGAAUCUGUGUCACUAAGUCUACGUUAGCUUGAUCCAAUGUCAAUUUACAUGUUAUUUACAUUUCUGUGUGACUUUCACCUUUCUGUUGGGAACAAUAGAAGUCAGGCACACAACUGUGUGGAUCUGGAGAUCCUGAGGCAAAUGGCUGACUCACUUCUACAACAGCUCAGUUGAUCCUGACUCUUAACUAUUUGGCUGCUAUCACAGGAUUGAUAACUUUAGGAGAGGCAAAUUUCAUAAAUUUUUAUGAGGGAAUUAAUACACUUUUGUAUGCCCUGUUAGAGAGUACACAAAAUGGUUCCUGUGUUACUUUAGACUUUCAACUUGUAUAUACAAGAAGAAUUUGAAAUAAUCAGAAAAUAAAUAAAAGAUGUUUAUGUGCAAUGGGUAAAAUUAUUUAAAAAUAAACAGCAUGCAAAAAAGCAGCAUUAAGGAUUCUUUUUUUUUUUAAUUAAAAAGAUAUUUACAAGUAUAAUGUACUUUAACUGUAAAACACAAUAGAAUAUUUAUUGCUUCUUUGGUUAUGAACUAACAAAUCAAAGUACAUUGCCAUGAUUAAGUCCAGCUUUGUUUAUUGGGCAAUCUUUUAAAAGUGUUCAGUUUUUACAGUGUCUCAUGAAUGUUAUUAAGAUGUUGAUAUUCUCACAGUGUAAUUAAAUCUCCAUUGAAACUGG